AUGGAGAUUUUGAUGAUGCUGGAGAUGGAACGUGAUGAGCUCCUGGAGAUGCCCAUGAUCCUUACUAAUGCUUUCCACUACUUUAUAACUUUGGUUUCUGUCACGUUUGCUGGUCACCUUGGUCAGCUUGAGCUUGCUGGCGCCACUAUUGGGAGUUCAAGUUUGGAGUACUGGGCCUUCGAGCUUUUGGUGCUCAUAGCAGGAAUGAUGCCGAACGCUGAGCUAACUACGUCAGUGACAGCAAUAUGUGUGAACACAGAAGAGAUUGCCUACAUGGGUACCUCUGAUCUCAGUGCUGCUGCGAGUACAAGGGUGUCUGAUGAGUUGGGCGCAGGAAAUCCUGAUAAAGCUAAACAUGCCAAGGCUACGACUCUCAAGCUCUCUGUUCUUCUUGCUCUUCUGAUUGUUUUGCCUUUAGUAAUUGGGCAUGAUAUUUGGUGUAACAAGAGGUUGUGGUUGGCAGAAUCUGGCUGCAAUUGUAAAUGUAGCAACAUUCUAUUGCAUUGGGAUGCCGAUUGCGGCCGUCCUCGGAUUCAAGAUUAA